AUGAAUCGUCUAAAAGAUCCUGAUUUCAAGACAAUUAUGUUGAAUCUUUUAAAAGAUAUACCAGAUUAUUUAAUAGAAGAACUCCAGUUCGCUGUUCAGCUAAAAGACAAGACAACUUUGAUGCAAAUACUUGUUAGUAUUGUCGAAGAGGAAUUGAAUAAAUUGGUUGAACUAUAUGGGAAGCAAGUUGGAAGACAGUUGAGUGAAGAUAUUAAAACUGCGACUCAAGGUGAAUUCCGACAGAUUUUAUUAUGCACAAUCAAAGAUGUACGAUUGCCAACACCAAUUAUUAUAAAUCUUUUUGGAGAAGAAAAGCAAUUCUUUAUAGAUGAAAAUAAAAAUUAUUCAAUAACUGAAGCUCGACUUUUAAAUGGAUAUUUAUCAAAGCAACCAAUUGAUAAAAACAAUAUAACUGAGACAUUUUGUGAAGUGGACUACUUUGAUUUGGAUGAAAUCAAUACAGAAUACAAACGUAUAUACGGCGAAUCACUCGAAGAUGCAAUUCAAAAGAAAACAAGCGGUUUUUAUAAAGAAACUCUGCUUGCUAUGAUGUCCUCUGGUAGAAAACGAGCACGAUUAACUGCCAAGUGGAUUCAUGACGCCUUGUUUUCAACUCCAGUUAAUAAAAGACGUUUGACACGGUUAUUAAUUACCAGAUCCGAAAUUGAUUUAUACACUGUCAUGAUUGUAUAUCAAGAAAUAUACAAAACAAGUCUUGAAAGUGAUAUCAAAAGGAGGACUGAAGGCUUAUACAAGAAGACGCUAUUAACUCUACUGGGUCUUAACAAGAAAUGUCCUUUUACACCGAAAUGA